CUUCCUAGAAUAGUUCAUAUAUUUGAUAUAUUUACAAAAAAAAAAAAACCGACCAAAAUAUAAAAUAAUUUAACUCCAAAAAAUAAAAAUUUUUCUUAUCAUCAAAAACAAAAUUUUUUUUACCAACUAAAAUAAUAGUGAUAAAUACGUAGUAAAAUUCAAUAAUAUAACCUCGUGUAUAAAUAAAUCGUAUGACAAUCAACAUAUGUAUAUAUAAAUAUAUGAAAAAUUUAUUUCAACAAUGGAUCGUAUACAGAAACAAAAUCACUUAGAUAUAUCAGAGAGCGGUACGUAUGCGUACUUAUCAAUAUGCUCGAUAUGUCUAUCGGAAUUAUUCCCGGGUGAAUGGAACCAGGAGUUCAACAAAAAAUAUAUAAAAGAAAUGUGCAAGCAUCUGAAUGCUCCUGAAAAAGUUGAGUCGGUGAUGCUGGUCCUGAUUGACGGAAAGUCUGGACAUGUUGUCGAGCCUUACAUUGAACUUUUGCUUCAAGAACCAAAUUUACAUAAAAAGUCCAUUCUUAUUGUCCAGGACGCGGUACUUUUUGCUGUACAAAGCGGAAUAGCAUCAGGUGAAUAUGACGCAAGACAAAGAGUAUUAGCGCGUCGAUUAGCAGAAUUAUUGAACGUUCCGUUUGAUUUGAUAGAACUAUACGAGCAUUCAUUAGUGGAAUUAUUGAGCAAAGAUGUUAAUGAUAGUACGGAGGAAGAAGACAAUGCAGCAAAAAGACGUGACAAAAUACGAAAAAUAAAACGUUACACGUCAAUAGGAAUAGCGACCGUCGCUGGAGGGACACUGAUAGGACUAACCGGUGGACUAGCGGCUCCAUUCAUCGGUGUGGGAGUCGGUACCCUUCUAGGAGGUGCCAGUGCUGCGGUCUUGACAAGCACAGCCGGGGUUGCCAUCAUUGGCUCAAUAUUCGGAGUAGCCGGUGCCGGACUGGCGGGUUACAAAAUGAACAAACGCGUAGGAAAAGUAGAGGAGUUCAGCUUCGAGCCAUUGUCGCGUUUUUGCGAGACCGAUCAUCAGCUGCACGUCGCGAUUGCCGUCACCGGAUGGUUGAAGAGCCAGGAUGCCAACAAUAUCAUAAAACCCUGGAGAUGUUUGGCGGUUUCGCGGGAGCAAUACGCGCUGCGAUACGAAACCAAGUACUUAGUCGAGUUGGGACAAGCACUGGAGUACAUCCUGAGCAUGGCGGUGUCUUUUGCCACCCAGGAGGCUCUCAAGUACACGAUACUCUCGGGAAUAAUGAGCGCGAUCGCUUGGCCAGCUGCUUUGCUAUCAAUCGCUUCGGUAAUAGACAACCCGUGGUCCGUUUGCUGCCGCCGGAGCUCUGAGGUCGGGAAACAUCUUGCCCAUGUUCUGCUGUCUAGACAACACGGCAAGCGACCGGUCACUCUGAUCGGAUACAGUCUGGGUGCUCGGGUAAUUUUCUACUGUCUCAGAGAACUCGCUGAUGUCGGACACGCAGAAGGAAUUAUCCAGGACGCGAUCAUGCUCGGGGCCCCGGUCACUGACAAAUCUAGUCAGUGGGAAAAGUGUUCGCGAGUUGUCGCGGGUAAAAUGAUCAACGGUUACUGCAACGCCGAUUGGCUGCUCAGAUUCUUGUACCGCACGCUGUCUAUGAGCACUGGGGUCGCUGGUCUCGCUGCGAUAAAGUGUCCCCGGGUGACGAAUGUUGAUCUCAGUGGUCUAAUUUCGGGUCAUACCGAAUACUCGGACAAGUUGGUUGAGAUUAUGGACUACGUUGGCGUGAGAAUCCGUUCCACGGAUGUGUUAGACGACGAGGGAGUUCUGAAAAAGUCGACGUCUGAUUACACGGAAAUGAGAAACAGUAGUAGAAAUAAUGUCGUUAAUUCAAAGCUUCGAGUGUCGAAAUCUGACGAGUGCCUGAAUUUACAUCCUUGAUAAAUAUUUUUUAUAUAAUUAUUUUUACAUCGUGUCGCUGAUGCCGCAAUUGGAGGCGCGAUAGAGUACCGUGAUAAGUCCGUCCUCAGUAAAUUUAUAUUAUUCUUGGGGACUCAAGUAUUUAAAUUUAUUUUAUAGUCAAUUGCUUCCUAGCAAAUACGUAAACGACCAAGUUAUUUAUUUGUUAAUAAUAUAUAGACAUAUAGAGUUUAUAAUUGUUGUAUUUAAAUAUUUUAAUUUAUCCGCUGGCGGUUAAUGCACAUUGCUAUCAAUAUUUAUAUAUAUACACGGAGUAUAAAAUUUAGUUAAGACAUUUUUCAAAUUUUUAUAAAAGAAACAUCACAAUUGUUUUUUAUUCAUUAAAAGUAUAAUAGAUUUAUUAUAUUAUAUUAUAUAUUGACAUAUAUUUAUGUAUAGUGUUAAAAUACUGUAUAAAAAUUACACUAUUCCGAUGUAUAAAAAAAAAGAGAUUUUUUUAUUUUAUAACUUUUAUCACAGUAUUAAAUCGAGUGUAU